AUGUGGUUGACUCAACGUGGCGAGUCUGGCGGCGAUGGAUUCUGGGUUGUUUGCAGCAGCGUUGAAGACGAGGGUCGAUAUUGCUUGAUGCCCGUCGCAUCGAUCGGCUUUGCUUCUGAUGAAGGUGAUCCUCUAUCUAUCGGCUCUAGCGACCGCGUUCUGAAAGAGGUUCCGAACCAAACCACAUUGAACCUCAUUCUCAAGUGGCUCAAAGCCUGCGAUGAGCACCCGUACUGCAAAGCGCAGCAAGCUCCAAUGCCAACUCGCCUUUUGGACGUUGGCACGUCAGACUCUGGGUCAAUCAUUAAACUCGUUCAGCCGGACCCUGACCUCUGUAACCGCUAUGUCACCCUCAGUUACUGUUGGGGAAAGGGGGAGAAACACUUUGUUACCACCAGUGAGACCAUUCAGGCUCGAAGAGACGGUAUUGAUAUCAAUCAACUUCCGCAAACUCUUCGAGACGCUGUAACUCUGACUCGAAUGGUCGGGGUAAGAUACCUUUGGAUCGACAGCCUAUGUAUCUGUCAGGAUGACCUGAAGGACUGGGAACGAGAGUCAGCGCAAAUGGCUGCUGUGUACUCGAACUCGUAUCUGACGCUUGCCGCUGUAAAGUCCGGCGAUACCAAUGGAGGUUUACUGUCAGCUCGAAUCCCUCAAACCUACUUCAAACUUCCACGGAAGGGUUCUUCUCCAGAUGAGUACAUCUUGGCAACGGCCUUGACCCUCGAUCACGAUACCAUUCACCAAUUUCAUAUGCGGAUGAAAAAGGAGCCUCUCACGAAGAGAGCGUGGGGCUUCCAGGAACGUGUCCUCGCUCGCCGAAUUCUGCACUUCUCAAGCCAGCAGAUGUACUGGGAAUGUCUCGAAGGGUUUGAAGCAGAGCAAGGACUGAAGCUGAACUACCGCAUACCUUUCAUCAACGAUGACACCCAGCUUGUGGAGUACGUUGAUCAGCGUCGCAACAAUGCCCAUCCCACAAAUCCUAGGUGGGAAGGACUCGACCACUCCUCCACCUUGACGAGAAAUUGGCACGAACUCCUCUGGGAGUACGGCCCGCGAGAGUUGACAAAUCCUCUGGACAAGCUUCCAGCAUUCUCUGGCAUUGCUAAGUCCUUGAGCAAAGGCUUCAAAGAUGAAUACUUGGCCGGUCUUUGGCGUGGGUCCUUGAUCGAAUGCUUAUGCUGGCAGGCUCUGCGCUGUAAACCCAUCGAGCAGUACCGCGCACCCUCAUGGUCUUGGGCCUCAGUCGACGGAAUACCGGCGACCGGGUUAAUUGGGGUGACGGAAGAAGUGGCAAAUGUUCUUGAAGCCAAGGUUGAAAUCGACGGGGACAACCCCUUUGGUCGCGUGAAAGACGGCUGGAUCAAGCUCGAGGCGCCCCUGGUCAAGAUGUCGCUCUCUGAUGCUAAGGGGCCCACAGGCCAUAUGCUGUUCCGAAGCGAGAAGGGAGGCGAUGAUUGCUUCGGCAUGCUGGACACCAUCAACCGAAGCUAUGAGGCCAGUGCAGAGCUCAUCAGAUCUAUGGAAGUGUACGCAUUGAUAUUGGCUUACACCUACGGCGGACCAGGAAGACCAGACCCCGAGCGGAAGAAUCCCUGCGCUCACGGGAUUUACGUCACUCCCGCAAUGGACCGGCCAGGCUGUAUGAGAAGAAUUGGCGCAGUUCUUCAGGACGUCAAGGAGUUCGGCGCUGAUGAGCUUGCAUCUUCUAGAACUACCGUAACAAUAGUUUGA